CGACAGUGAAUGUAGCAUUGUAAAGAUGAAACUAAUCUGCUUGUUGGUUGUAUUCCUAGUUUUCGCUCUGAGCGAACUGGCAGCGGGCCAGACAGCUGCUGACUCGGCGGCCUACAAGCAAAUGCAACAGGCCUGCAUCAAGGAGCUGAAUAUUGCUGCCAGCGAUGCCAAUUUGCUGACCAAUGACAAGGAGGUGGCCAAUCCCUCGGAGUCGGUGAAGUGCUAUCACAGCUGCGUCUACAAGAAGCUGGGUCUCCUGGGCGACGAUGGAAAGCCCAAUACCGAUAAGAUCGUCAAGUUUGCCCAGCUCCGCUUCAGCAGUCUGCCGGUGGAUAAGCUAAAGGGUUUGCUUACCAGCUGCGUAGCCACAAAGGCAGCCGCCACCUGCGACCUUGUCUAUAACAUGGAAAAGUGUGUGGUCAAGGGUAUUAGUGCCUAAACUUAAAGCAAUAAAGCAGCUAUGCAGUGUUCAACGCACUCAACGAUUAA